CAUGGCGGCGACUGUAAGCUAAUAUGUCAAAAACGCGUUAGCCAGAUACUUUUGUAGAUAAGCAGCAUAUUUGUGCUCACCACAACAGAAUAUUUAACGUUUUAAUGUGAAUUGCGAUUGAAACUGUGUAUCCAGCGGGCGUCAGACUAAAAGGUUACUAAUGGCCACAGCCGCCCUGACGGGCGAGCAGAGAGCUGGGUCAAUGGGUUUGCCCUGUGAAAUGGACACAGAGGACCAGCAGGUUAACCAUGAUGACAUAGGUGAGACUCAAUGUUUGGGUGGAGAACCCCCAGGCUCUUCAGAGGCGCAGAAGACGAAGUCAGAUCAUGAUAUGUCUUGUGAUCCACCCAAUACAGGUCAGACACAGAGUUUCCAGGACCAGGCGAGCCCAUGUAAUACAGAGGAAACCGAAAAGAAACCAGGACAUCCUAAGGCAAAUACAAAAGCUAAGACACCUGCCAAAAGGAGAAAAAAGGAGACCGUUCCAGAAACUCCCCCACAACAUGAGAAUUCAGCAAUCCUUGAUACCCCUGAGUUAACGUCUAGUGGUCGACCCAAGAGGAGAGCCGCUAAAGCUGCCUUAGAUUAUCUCCACAACCUGGCCAAGGAUCUCGAAGGUCCUUUAGAGGUCUCGACCAAAUAUACUCCCAAAUCUGUUGAAGCAAAGUGCACAGUCGGGAAAAAGACACCAGCAAAAGGAAAAGGGAGGGGGAUAAAAAGAAAAGCCGAAUCUGACAGUGAUGAUGAAGAUUUUGACCCAGAUGAUGACAAAGAAGAAGAAGAAGAAGAAAGCGAAUAUGAAGUUGAUUCCGAGCCAGAGUUUAACUUGAGAAAAGAGAACAGAAAGGAGAGCACAAGCCGACAACCCAGAGCAAAAUAUAAAUGCGUACUUGCAAAUGGCUUGGCUAACAAUGUCAUGGCAACUGUUUGGACCAGUUUUAGUAGGACCAAAGAAUUCCGUGACGAAAAUUUCUCACCCUGGGUAUUUCCUGAGUGGAUACCUUCUGCCAAAGACUGGCAUGUCCUAUCCAACAGUGAAGCUGAAAAAUAUUUACCUCAAGAGGUCAAAUCUGCUGCUUUCACUUUUACACGAGAACCCAUUAAAGCAAAGAGCAAACUGCAAAGAGUGAAAAGGUUUGAAUCCCUUCCACAUCACCCUGAGCGUUGGGACUCCCUUUUUUUUGUUGGGGGUCCUGUGAGGUCCAUGGAGUGGUGCCCGUGUCCCGACGGGGCGGCACAGCGACAGUACGCUGCUAUUUACUGCCACAAGGGCAUGGACGACAGACACAAAAUCAAUGCGCUGCACACAGGGCCUGUCUUACUGCAGCUGUGGGAUGUUGGAAACCUACAGUGCAAAAGCAGACCCUCAACUGUUCCUCAUCUAGCGUACGCUUUGGCAAUAGAUUAUGGGUGUAUCUGGAAUAUGAAGUGGUGUCCCGCAGGAGCUUGGGAAUUGCCCAGCACGAGCAGAAAGGCUCCACAAUUGGCUAGAUUGGGUCUUCUAGCUGCAGCUUUUUCUAAUGGAACCAUCAGGGUCUACAGUCUUCCUCACCCACAAGCCCUUGCAGCACACCAUCAGAGUAAAGGUGAAGGGAGCAAAGCGCCGCUGAUAUGCCGGGUGAAGCAGGUUUUGACUUUGAAAAUGGGCUCCAACCAGGCGGACCAUAAAAGCCAAAAUGGCCUGUGCAUUGCUAUGGAUUGGGUCAAUGUCAAACCACACAACCUCCUGGCUGCAGGCUUUUAUGAUGGCGUGGUUGCAUUGUGGGAUCUCUCUAGUAAGUCUUCACUGCUAAAGGUCAAGUCUCCAGAUGGAGGUCUUCUUCUUUACCCCUACCACUGCUUCCUUGCACACGAUGAGAGUGUGCGAAGCUUGUGCUGGUGCAAAGCUUCAAGUACAUUGUUGGUGACCGUCGGAGAUGACCGCAUGGCAAAAAUGUGGGACCUGAGGAAAACCCACGCACCUCUGUUGUCCGUGAAGCGUUGCCUUAACCCCGAAGUGUACUGGCCGCUUAUGUGGAGUGGCAUCCUUAUGACUCAGGAGUGUUGCUAUGCCACAUUUGGGCAACAAGGCAUUCAUUAUUUAGAUUCAGGUUAUGUUGGAAUAAAGCCUUACUUUGUUUGUCCCAGAAAAGGCACUGUUUGGAGCCUUUCUAUGUCUGACUGGAUUAAUUCUGUAAUCAUUGGUGAUAAUAGUGGAGAUUGUGUACUUACUUUGCUUCCUGAAAUGGAUGGUGACCCCAACAACCUCAGGCGAAGAAGAUAUUCAGUGUACAGAACCGACAUGGUCCAGUAUGAACCCGAUCAGUGGGAUGAUGAGGAAGAUGCGGAGGAAGAAGUAGAGAAACCAAGUUUUCCCGGGCAGGAGCCACAGAGCUACAAAGGAGCGACCAAAAAGUACUAUCUACACUUUCACGACCUGGAUCUGGGAAACUUUUCUAAAUGCGAAAAGCGGCCCAUGAUGCUGCACCUGCAGAAAAAUGAGCUUAAAGGUGUUGUGAAAGUGGAUCAGAUGCCAUUAAAUGCACUUUACAAGGUCCGUUUCAAUCCAAAUAUGGAUGCAUAUAACUGGAUGCUGUCUGCCGGUCAGUCAGGUUUGGUACGGUUGAACUGUGUGCGUGCCCUCAACAAUUCGGUAAUGCUUAAGCAGUUGCAUGAGACUCGAGCCCAGUUCAGCGCCAUGUUCAAAUCACAAGAGCCCGAGGACUCUGUGACAGCUGUCCGUCACAGCACUGCUGACACGGUACAAGUGCGCUAGUCUCCGCCCCCAAAUCUUUUAGGCUCCAUUAGAGAUAAACUGGGAUACAUAGCCAGUUAUGGCUAAGAUUUAUAAUUUUUUAACUAACCGAUGGCAUGACACCCCCUUUUUUAAUCGCUAACUUAAAUGGCAAGAAGUACUUUGUAUAUUAAUGUUUUUAUAUUUUUGUGUAUUUGGGUUUUAGCAGAAAGGAAAACUUAACGCAAUCACGCAAUCUUGUAAACAUGGUUCUUUUUACAAGGACUGUUUGGUCAAUAAAGCUUAUUAUUUAUA